AUGUCGCACCAGCAGAAACGAGCCAAGAAAGACGAGUCCGGACCGGAUUCGAAGCAUUUCAAACCGAACGAUGUUGCUGUUGCCGCCCUGAAGUACGAUAACGGGGCGAAAGACCAGGAAAUGGCCAUUGAUUCUGAGUUGUUGACCGCCGCCGCACAGAACGCAACUGCCGACCGCGGUGCAGACCAACAGAUUCCACAGCAGAACCAAGACCCUGGUGUCGACCAGUUGUACAGUCGCUACCAGCAACAGCAAACUCAGCAACACUCCAACGGCGAUACCGAGGUCAAACCAGCUGCCGGAUCAGACGAGUGGCAUCGCCAGCGUAAACACACCCACAAGGAAGUGGAAAGACGUCGCAGAGAGAGCAUCAACACCGGGAUCCGUCAAUUGGCCGAGUUGCUUCCAAGACAGGACACCAACAAGGCGCAAGUAUUGGGCCGCGCGGUCGAGUACAUCAAGCAACUGAAGGAGACCGAGAACAGCAAUAUCGAAAAGUGGACUUUAGAGAAGCUGAUCACCGACCAGGCUGUUAGCGAACUGGCCACAUCGAACGACAAGCUGAAGGUGGAGUUAGAGAAGGCGUAUCGCGAGAACGAGUCGUUGAAGCGGGAGAUUGAAAGAUUGAAGAGGUGA